AUUAUAUGUAAAGUGUAUUUGGUGACCUUUUGGCACUGUUGGCUGUGGGUCCUCGGUCUGGCCUGCGCUGCUUGUCCUGCACUGAGAUGCUUCAAAGCAUUAUUAAAAAUGUUUGGAAGCCCUAUUAUACCCAAGUCUACCACGAGAUUUGGGCAGGAACGGGUUUGAUAGGCCUUGUCAUUUAUAAAAUCAGGAGUACUGAUAAAAGAAGUAAAGCUUUGAAAGCUUCGAGCCCUGCGCCUUCUCGUGGUCACCAUUAACCAGCUCCACGUGGAGUAUGCGUCAGAUGAGACGCCAGUCUGGUUGUAAAUGGAAGCCAACCAUGUCAGAUGGGAGCAUGGGACAUCACUGUAUACUUGUGUAAGCACUUUUGGCUACAUGGCAUGAAAAAACAUGUCUGUAAUGUAACCCUCAAAAAUGAUAUGUAAAAAAAAAUGGU